AUGAAUGUUUCACGCAACGCUUAUUUUUCCUCAGAAUAUCUAGAAGACUUAAAACGGUCGCCUAAGUCAUACAAUUCAAAUGGAACAAAUCGAUCCACAUACAGAUCGAGACAAAAUUCUCCAAGAACAAAUUAUACCAGGCCUUCGCCACGAUCCACGGAUUCAGUUGUAGAUAAAAUUGACGGCAUCGAGAAUCCAGAUGAUUUGAUGGAGGAGAUCACUCCUGCUGAACUUAAUUAUCUAUCACAACGAGCACCGGCUAGAGAACAAAGGCGACUGGUCGGUUACUACGACUAUUAUAGACCUCGGGAUGGACUGAGAAGUCCUGUUAAAGGUGCACUGGCGCUGAACUACACAAGAAGAAACCAUGUAAUACCAGGUACAAUGGAAGAUACCGAGUCCCACGAAGCCAUGCCAGGCCGUGGGGAUUUUUCUGGCUACUACAUUGAUCAAAAAAGGAAGUAUGAUGCAGCAAAAGAGGUCAAGCCGGCUUUUUAUACCCAUAAAACUUUCAAAGAUGUCUUCAAGACGGAUGCCGAAGAACGCCUCAAUCCCAUGGACGUCGUGUUUGAGGAUCCAGCGAAAAAGAGAGAACAGAAUGAUCGCAGAGUUUUAUCCAAGGCAUUGAAGAAAGUCUCAAAAACAGUGGGCUACGAUGACUAUGCGUCAUAUGACUAUUUUGAACAGUCAAAAAAACGGGAAGCCAUGAAAUCAAGUCUGCCUUUUGUUGACGGAAAUGAGCCUGUAAAAACGAGUGCAUUGGAGAAACUAAAGGCAAAGAAGAUUUUCGGAUCGAAGAAAAGUGACCUGAAAGAAGCGGAGGAUAUCAAUACCACAGCGCUGUAUGAAGAGCAUGAUGAAUCAAUUGUACAACUGAGUACACUUCCGUACCCAACUCCGUACCCAACUCCAUAUCCAACUGAAAAAUCAUCCCGAAUCAGAUGGAAAUUUUUAAAGAAGCAAAAGCAAACUGAAGAAGCCGCAGAAUCUGCAGACGAAGAUGUUGGUAACAAAUCUGAGGAAGAAUCUGAGGUCCUUGAUGAACCUAUUUCCGAAGUUACCGAAGAUCUAGAGCCAACCAUUUCUCCAGUAGUCGAGCCUCUAGGCCCUAAAGAGCAUUUUCUGCCUUUGUGGAACACUCUCCUUUCAUGGGUUGUGUAUGAGAGGCUACAAGAAGAAUCCUCAAAUUCUGAGCCUAAUAUCAAUAAAAUUGAGGAGCUCAAAGAGAUUGACUCGACACACAACUAUGGUGAUGAAGAUGGACUCGCAGUUCAAAAGUUUUCGGCCAAGUCUCUUCUCAAAGCUAAGAAGUAUAAAGAUGCACUUCGGAAAUGGAAUCACCCUGCAUCGAAUUUCCUUACCCCUUCUUCAAAAUUCUCUGAAAAGAAGAGAAGAGUCAGUGGCGAUACAAGCAACACAGAUGCUUUCCUGGAGUUCGAAGUGGAGUUUGACGACGAACUUGCGGAAGAGCUUGUAUUCAAUCCCGAAACAGGUCAAUUGGAGGCUGUUGCAGGAUCCAAGACCCUUUCUAGUCCAUUAACACGGUCCAUGGAUGUGCUGAACGCCGGGAAUGCGUCUGUAACUGUGAUAUCCAGCGUGAACAAACUUAUCAAGAACAUAAGGAUCAUGCAAAUUUUGUUUGCUCCCAUUGAUGUUAUUGCUGAGAAUUUCCCUCGUCUUCAAACGCUUGUCAUAAUCGUCGAGCUCAUAAUCUUCAUUUGGAUCCUCUACGAGCUAUCGCUACUAAUAGAUGCGCUUUGUAUGGCAGUUAAAGCUGUAUGUGCGCCCAUGAUUGCAGUCGGGAAAUUCAUGAAUAGAAUUAUGUGA